AAAGAUGGGCGACGAAUGUCUUUUCAAAAGCCCAGAGGAACUCUUGAAUAUUCUGUGGAAUCAAGAGAUACUUUAAACAGCAUUGCCUUGAAAUUUGAUACAACACCCAAUGAACUGGUUCAGAUAAAUAAGCUUUUCUCCAGAGCAGUCGUUCCUGGACAGAUUUUGUAUGUUCCUGACCCAGACUACAUUUCUAGUGUGGACAGCUCCCCCUCUCUAAGUCCUAUAAGUCCCCUAUCACCUACAUCUUCCGAAGCAGAGCUUGACAAGGCUACAGAUCCAGAUGGAAUCCCUCAGAAGGAUUCAGCUGCUUCACCAGCACACAUGUGUGUUCGUCCUACAAGAGUGGUAUCAUCCACCUCGGAAGAGGAGGAAGCAUUCACAGAGAAGUUCCUAAAAAUUAAUUGCAAGUACAUCACUAAUGGCAAGGGUGCGGUCAAUGGUGUGCUGCUAGUGACACCAAAUAAUAUCAUGUUUGAUCCUCACAAGAUGGAUCCUCUGGUCCAGGAGAAUGGCUGUGAAGAGUAUGGCAUCAUGUGUCCAAUGGAAGAGGUGAUGUCAGCUGCUCUGUAUAAGGAAAUCGUGGACAGCAAAAUCAAGGAUUCAUUAAUAAUAGAUGUGGAACAGUUGUCUGUAGGGGAACUUUGCCAUUCCAAGAAAGCUGCAAAGAGCAAUACAGAGGAAAUGGAUUCCAGGACUCGGGAUACAGGCAAUGACAGUGCCAGUACUGCCCCAAAGAGCACAGAGGAGUCUCUUUCAGAAGAUGUCUUCACAGAAUCGGAACUCUCUCCAAUCCGUGAGGAGCUUGUCUCCUCAGAUGAACUUAGACAAGACAAGUCUUCUGGAGCAUCAUCAGAAUCUGUCCAAACAAUAAACCAGACUAGUUCUGAAUGUUUAACAAUCAUUUCAGACUCAAAUGAAGCUGCUAGUGACUUAAAACCCAAUACUGAAAUGCUUGCAAAUGUCAAACAGUUUGGUACCCACAGCUUAGGUUCAGAAAGUUCUGGAUUGUCUAUGAAGGGGGGAGAAGACCCUAAUGAAAAUACUAGAGAUGUCCUCCAGGAGUCUUCACAGGGAUCACGUGGUAGUGAAGAGCAUGACAAAGAGGCAGAAGUGGGCAACAAUCAAGAUUCUUCACUGGGAAAAAAAACGAAAGAAGACAGUAAGAUGGGAGAGAAAUGUCUGCAUUGUGAAGAGGGCACAGAAUCUCAAAAGAAAGAGCUAACUCGAGAAGGAAAAGGACCGAGAGAGCCAACACAAGACUCAGAGACAGAAGUUGAGGAACUCCGUAAACUCUGGAAGAGCCACACUAUGCAACAAACCAAACAGCAAAGAGAAAACAUGCAGCAGAACUCACAAAAAGAAGUUAGUCAGAAAACUGUGACUGUGGGAGAUGGACAAUUAGAAGGGUCUUCUCUUACAAAAGAAAAGAGGCGGCAUCGCUCUCACAAGUAUCUGCGUCUCCGGGUUGGGAAACCCAUGAGGAAAACAUUUGUUUCACAAGCAAGUGCAACAAUGCAACAGUAUGCACAGAGGGAUAAAAAACAUGAGUAUUGGUUUGCUGUGCCCCAGGAAAGGACAGAUCACUUGUAUGUCUUCUUUAUCCAGUGGAGUCCAGAGAUAUAUGCAGAAGAUACUGGGGAGUCUCUUCAGGAACCUGGAUUUAUAGUGGUAAAAAAGAAGGAAGAGCCUGAAACCAGUGAAGAAUCUACUACUGAUACUAACACUGCUGAAGAUACUGCUAAAGAGUGGGAGGUAGUGUCAGUGGCUGAGUAUCACCGCAGGAUCGAUGCUCUAAAUAGCGAAGAACUGCGCACACUCUGCAGACGUCUCCAGAUAACAACAAGAGAAGACAUCAAUUCAAAACAGGCAACAGAUACCAAACCAGACCUGGAGCCUGAGGCAUUCCGGCCAAACCUUAGUGAUCCCAGUGAAUUAUUACAGCCAGAUCAAAUUGAAAAGCUCACAAAAUCUCUUCCACCACGGACCAUCGGCUAUCCAUGGACACUUGUCUACAGUACUGCAAAGCAUGGCAUGAGCUUGAAGACCUUGUAUCGAACGAUGCUAGGGUUAGACACACCUGUGCUGUUGGUUAUCAAGGACAGUGAUGGACAGGUUUUUGGUGCACUAGCAUCUGAACCAUUUAAAGUGAGUGAUGGCUUUUACGGCACUGGGGAGACUUUUAUGUUCACUUUUUCUCCAGAUUUUGAGGUUUUCAAAUGGACAGGAGACAACAUGUUUUUCAUCAAAGGAGACAUGGACUCCCUUGCUUUUGGUGGAGGAGGAGGGGAGUUUGCUCUUUGGCUCGAUGGUGAUCUCUACCAUGGAAGAAGUCAUUCAUGUAAAACAUUUGGGAAUCAUACACUUUCUAAGAGAGAAGACUUCAUUAUUCAAGACAUAGAAAUAUGGGCUUUUGAAUGA